AAAAAUUCCCAAGAAAAAAUUUUUUUCUUACAAUUUGCCAUUUUUUAACCGUUCGUUAUAACUAAAUAUGAAAUUCCAAUUUUUAGAUACUGUAAUAUCAUCGGUAGAUAUAUUGCAAAAUUCCGUUUUACGUUUAAAUACUGGUAAUAUUUCUCAAAAAAAAAGUAGGGAACGAUUAAUUGAAGAACAUAAGAAAUUAGAUUAUUUCGGUGAUAAAAAUAAAUAUUUGGUUCAUACCGCUCGUAGUCAACCCAAUUUGAGUUUAAAUCUUCAACAUCGGAUAUCCAUAGCAAAUUUACAAAUUGAUCAUAAAUCCACCGAAAAUUUUUUGUUAUGUCGAGUGAUAACCAAAUUCAUAAACAUAAGCGCUCUUUUAGCUCUUGUGGAAGAUCCAGAUGGUAAUGUGGAACGACUUGCUUUAUACAAUUGGACAAAUAUACCCAAAAACAAAGUAGAACAGAUGGCUUGUCGAUCUAUUGAUCAAACAUUUCUACCAGUAGGCACCAAACUCGUUAUCAAAAACUUAUCAUAUAAAGUUGCUGCCGAUAAGAAUACCAUAAUUAAUUCAAAUAAUCCUGAUGAUGUUAUUAUCAUUGAUCAUCAUAAUGACAAGUUAUUUAGCGACUUAAUAUGGACCUCCGAUCUAUUGGUUAAGAAAGAAAUUAAAGGAAAGACCGUUGAUGAAUUCCGUUGUCGUGGGAAUGAUUAUUUUGCUUCAAAGAAUUACACGGCAGCUAUUGAUGAGUAUUCAAAUGGUAUCAAACUGAAACCACAAAAUGGUACAUUGUUCGCUAACCGAGCAGAGGCAUAUCUGCGAUUAUUUCAAUUUCGUAAUGCUCUCAAUGAUGCAGAAGUUGUUCUUAAAUAUGAACCUAGUCAUUUAAAAGCAGCUUAUCGCAAAGGUAAAGCUCUUUGUGGUCUUAAACGUUAUAAAGAAGCCAUUAUUACACUUCAACAUUUGCAUCAAAGUUUAAAAGUCAGUACAGAUGGUAGUAUUUCUUCGAUUAAGCAGAGUACAGAACAAUUACUCAAACAUGCGAAAAUUUUAGAUUCUGAAAAUAAAAAUGGGCAAUAUGAUUAUAUUAGUAUUAUCAAUGAGUAUUGUGAAAGAGCUAAAAUUAGAAAAGAUAGUAAAGGCAAUGACGAAUGGGUCCACGAAGUAGGACCAAGAUUGGAUCAUGCUGAUUUUUUAUGUAAAGAUAUUGAGAUUUGUUCGAUAAAAGGAAAAGGAAGAGGAUUGAUUGCAAAAUGUGAUAUUCCUGAAAAUACUUUAUUGGUAGUCUCUAAGGCAUUUAGUAUAGUAUAUAGUCAUGAAGUCCUUGGGUAUGCUAUGAAGAGUCAUAUUCAAAAUGAUCAGACUACGUGUGUUGCAUCAUCUUUGUGUACUGGGGAAUUAAUAACCCAAAUUACGCAGAAACUUCUGGAAGAACCCUAUCAUUGUCAGGAGGUGUACGAACUUUACAAUGGCUUGAAUUUAAAUAAAAUUAACAAGAAUUUAGUGAAUGUUGAUAUAAUUGGAAAUAUUGUCAAAUAUAAUUCUUUUGCAUUGGAUAAUGUUAUAGUUGAAAGUGUUAAUUUGAGUGGUAAAGGAUUAUGGAUUUUACCAUCUUAUUUUAAUCAUUCAUGUAUUGAUGGAAAUGUUACACGAUUUUUUCUUGGAGAUUUAAUGUUUAUGCGAUCUCUUAGACCUAUUUUAAAAGGUGAGGAACUACUUAUUUGUUACAGAAGUGCUGAUAGUAGCUAUGAGAUACGAUCAAGGUAUCUUAAAUCAAUAGGCAUAGAUUGUCAAUGUCGACUUUGUAAGUUGGAUAAAUCUGAAGCACCAAAAACCGUACAUAGAAGAACACAACUCCUUGAUACUGUUGAAAAAUUAAUCAAACCUUUAUCAAAUGAUCCUGAUUCUUCUCUCAUUAAAAGAUUAGAAAAGACAAUUUUUGAAUUACACGAUCUUAGAAAAGAACAUCCAGAGCUUGAAUUUGAUACACUAGCACCCAGUAAAAUUCUAGCACUCGCUUAUCGCGAAAAUGGAAACCAAAGUAAGGCUCUUUCUAUCCUAAAAGAGGUAUACAGUUCAUAUAAAAAUGUUCAUCUGGAAAUCAUUAAUGGUAUUAUCUUUGAUAUCGUGUUAUUAUACAUUAAUCUCAAGCAGAUGGAGGAAGCAAGAAAAUGGUUUGACAUAGUAUUGAAAAGGUUGGUAGAACCUAUAUUAGGCAAAUGUAUGGAUGAUGAAGAUAAAUGGAAAAAAGAAGCACUUUAUUUGGCGGAAAAAAUUAUUCCAGCUUUGAAUUCGACUGUUAAACAAUUGUAUAAUGAUAAUGAUAAUAUGGAGAAUGCUUAAGUCAAAUAGUUCUAGGAAGUAAUUAAUAACAGCAAUAGUAAAAUAAUAACAAAAGUUAUAUAGUAAAACAAUAUAAGCAAUAGAAAUAGUACAAGUAAUAACAACAUUUUAAUCAAUCAUGUUAUUAUUCUAAAUAAAUAAAUACAAUUUGAAAUUUAGCAAG